GGCUGCUCAACGUUGGACCGAUGUGGCCAUUCAGCACCUCCGACCGCGUGGACCUUCGGCGGAACCAGAGCGGACACGGGGCCCGACUGGAGGAGCGGAACCUCGGGAGCGGGAAUCGAACCCAGGCGUGCACGCGUACAGACACACACACACGCGCGCGCGCACCCCACCUUUCACCACAACCCACAGCCACCACCACCACCACCCAACCACCAACCCACCACCAAGCAUGCGAACCCAGGUUCGAUUCCCGAUGCGAGCUCAGAGCCAGCCGCAGCCUCCUGCUCCUCCUCGGCUGAUGACCGCCCUGCUGCUGACGACGAUGCUGCUGAUGAGCGGUGUCGUGGAAGCGUCGUUCGCCUCGCUCCAGCAGCAGCAGCGGGCGAGGCAGCUGGUGGCGGAGCUGGAGGGCUCUCUGGCGGGGACGCUGGAGCUGAUGGCUGGUGGCGGGAGCCCGGCGGAACAGCAGCAACAGCAGCAUCAGCAGCAGCAGCACAGCGACUACGGGGUCAAGUUGUGCGGCCGGGAGUUCAUCCGCGCCGUGAUCUACACGUGCGGAGGCUCUCGGUGGAGGAGGGCCAGGCAGCCGUGGGUCGGUGCGGCUGAGAGCUGGGAUGGGCUGUCCGACUCUGAGCUGGACCAGGACGAGGGAGUGGCGAGAGAAUUGGGGGGGGCUGCCAUCACGGGGGGGCCCCCCGAACCCCCCCCGUGGUGGAUCUCGUCGCCGUCGAUGAGUCGACAGAGGCGAGACUCGGCUGGCGGCAUGGGGGGGGGCCCCGGGGGGGUCCCCCAAGCCAUGGGGCUGGCGGGGCUCUGCUGCACGUGGGGAUGCUCCAAGGGAGACAUCAGCACCCUCUGCUGAACAUCGGCACCAUCGACAGGGACACCAUCACCAUCGCCAUGGAUAUCACCAUCAUCACCAUGGACACCAUCAUCAUCAACAUGGACAUCAGCACCCGCUGCUGAACAUCGGCACCAUCAACAUGGACACCAUCAUCGCCAUGGAUAUCAUCAUCACCAUGGACAUCAGCACCCUCUGCUGAACAUCGGCACCAUCGACAGGGACACCAUCAUCGCCAUGGACACCAUCAUCACCAUGGACAUCAGCACCCUCUGCUGAACAUCAUCACCAUCGCCAUGGACACCAUCAUCACCAUGGACAUCAUCACCAUCAACAUGGACAUCAGCACCCUCUGCUGAACAUCGUCACCAUCGCCAUGGACAUCAUCAACAUGGACAUCAUCACCAUGGACAUCAUCAUCAUCGUCAGGGACAUCAUCACCAUCACCAUAGAGAUCUUCAUCGUCAGGGACAUCAUCACCAUGGACAUCACCACCAUCACCAUGGACAUCAUCACCAUGGGCAUCAUCAUCGCCAGGGACAUCAUCAGCACCCUCUGCUGAACAUCGUCACCAUCGCCAUGGACAUCAUCACCAUGGACAUCAUCACCAUCAACAUGGACAUCGUCACCAUCACCAUAGACAUCAUCAUCGUCAGGGACAUCAUCACCAUCACCAUGGACAUCAUCAUCAUCGCCGGGACCAUCAUCAUUACCAUGAACAUCACCAUCAUCAUGGCUACCACCAUCAUCAUCAUCAGGGUCGUCCAUAGUAGGGGCCCCGGGGCCAAUCUCCACUGUGCCCCCCCCCACCCCCGGACGCCUUCAAACUAAACCGCUCCCCGCCCCCCAAAGCGCCGGGCCCAGGGCAGUCGCCCCGAUUCGCCGUCCCCUAUCCCUAGGCGACGGCUUUGAUGAUGCUCAUCAUCAUCAUCCUCCUCCUCCUCGUCAUCGUCGUCGUAAUCACUCGAUAUUUGUCGGCUGUGUUUGGAGAGCGGGGGAUCUUUGAUCGGCUGCCGGCGUCGGGCACUAAAAGCCGCGAGCGUACGAGCGAGGUCACGCGGUUGUAUCCGUGGACACUCCUCGAACGAAUAAAAAUGAACCAUAUGGCAUAAACUGCGUCGCGAAGUCGUUUUACGUCUGUUGAAGGCGAACGACACGGCAAUCUAUUCCUCUCGGCGAGCUCUACACGAUGCGCUAACUAAAACUUUCAAAGUUAUGUUCACGACAACGGAAACUUUUGGCAACGGCGUGUGCUCGGUGAUGGACGAGAGAGGAUCGAUGUCUGGUGGGUCGCGGCGUUGAUGUGCGCGGUGGGACGGAGUCGCCAACACAAAUAAAUUGCUCAAUUGCGA